GUCUCUUUCUAAAUAAAUGUUAGUUAUUAGCUAAAUGAUAAAGGAUUUGUCGCGGAUACGUUUGUAAAAGUAAAGUCAUAUAAAACUUGUGCAAAGCUUUGGGAUUUCCCUUCAAGGCAGUAUCAGGAAAUCCCCUCAAAUGAGACUCUUUAACGCCGGAACAAACUUUCUGUUUCACUCAACAUGAAGCGAGCACGGAAGAAAAAGACAAGUACCAGUAAACAAGUCGUGAAUCCGAGUUGUUUGAGAGGAAAAAAACGACAUACUGAGGAAAAAGAGGACUCUGGAAUGGGAGGAACAGUUUCAUCACAAGAUGAUCCACCCAAACUAGAAAAUCCCACAUCACUGGAGAGAUGCCAAUCCAGAGAUGCCAAUCAACCUACCAUGCAUGUCUUUGGACCGGGGGAGGAAAGUGGAGUACUCGGAGGAAACCCCCGAGGCAAGGGGAGAACAUGCAAACUCCACACACACAAGGCGGAGGCGGGAAUCGAACCCCCAACCCUGAAGUGUACAAAUUGUUCCUCCAUCCUGAAGCCUGCAGUGUUUCCAGCAGGAGGGUCCGCUUCGCUACUGCAGUGCCCACAAUGCUCUACCACACCACUGUGUGGUGGCUGCCUGUAUCCUUGCCCUGAUGGCACCUGUACCAACAAGUCAUGCCCGGUUGUCUCAUUGCUUCUCGCCUGUGAGCAAGUCACAGAGUUGAGCAGCAAAGUGUAUGGCUGCCCACUUUUCAGAGCCUGCCCCAAAUGUUACAGAAUAAUGAUGCAUAAAACAGGGUGUAAAUAUGUGACUUGUUCAUACUGCAACCAUAGUUACUGUUUUAUCUGCCUAAGGUCCAAACAAGUGUGCACAAAGGACAUGAACAAAUACUGGACCUUGACCUGCUCUGCACCAAAAGCAGCACGCCAGAGAUUUCAAACUUGACCAGCUGAACACUAGCCUGCAUUCUCCAUUUUUAAUUGUAUAUUUGUUUGUGUAUAUAAAACUGUAUACAAAAUAUAUUUACAUUUAUUCAAAACAAGAUUAUUUUUGUACAGAAAGCUAAAGUCUAGCAAUUUUAUAUAUUCCUAUUCAAAAAAUUACCUGCUUUCUAGAUUUGGCUGCUUUUUU